ACACGAUUUCUCCGCUCUCCCCUCUUCGUCUCUUCAUUCCGUCGCUUUCAAUUGCAAAAUUGUAAACAAUUCGAACAGAGAAGUUUGAGAAGAAUGCAACUAACGUGGGCCGAAGGGAGAUACGCGUUUUGUUUACUAAUUCUACAGAUUCAAUUGACGAAUUCACGGACGUCUUGGCGAUUAAACGCCGCGGACAAAGUCGUGAAGACGACCGAUUUCGUGAGCGCGAUUGAGGACGAUCCGAUCUUCGAUAUCCUCGCGAGCAGCCUGGUUACUGGCAAUGGCCAAAGCUGGAGCAAAACUGCAACGUCCGAGAAGCACGAAAAAGUACAAAUUUACUGUCAAGAAUGUAAAGGUUUCAACAGUCCGGAAAGACGAUUUUCAUCGUAUGCAUUGAAGGACACACAAAAUAUCAACGAGUCGUUUCCCAUGUCUUCACAAGUGUCAAACGAGCAAAUAACGUGCGCCUCUGGUCAGCAAUGCGACAAUAUAAUAUUGGAUUGCGGCAAACCAGUGAACUUUACGUACUACGACAAUCUGAUUGGUGUGGCAAAUAGGAACAAACAUCCACUGGUACCAGAGCCUAAUGUGGCACUUAUGUUCAAGAAGAAUGGCGGCAAGACUACCGAUGUUGAUAUUGAUUUGCUGGAGAGACGUUUAAAGAAAGCAAAGCGAGAGAAGCCAAAGUCUGUCCAAUUAUAUAAUCAGAUAGGGAAUUUUUGGCGUAUAAAAGGUGAUGCACAAAGAUCGAUCGAAUGCUUUCGUAGAGCGCUUGCAGUGUCACCACAUAAUGCAGAGGUGCUCUUGAAUCUGGCUAGAGUAUUGUUAGUACAACAUUACCUGGAUGAUGCUACGUACUUGGCUAGGCGAUCCUUAGAAUUGCAGCCACCAGAUCGCAACGCAUGGGAACAGUAUCUUACGCUUGGACAAAUCUUUAAGGCGUAUGGGCAUUUUCAAGAAGCAGCUGUGCACUUGCGUCACGCAUUGGAGCUAAAACCAGAUCUCUCUGAUGCUGCCGAUGCGUUGAAGGAAGUUGAGGCAUUGCCAUCAGCAAGUGUACAUAUCUGUACGCUGCUAAUUAUCGUCUGCUUGGUAAUUGUUGUGCUCUGGUUUAUGGCCAACAUUGUAGAUCGUGAUGAGAACUCGAAUCUAGUCAGCGGGCAGCUUCAACGUCCAGUACAACGACAUUUUAGUCGUGAUAUGGCUAUGCGCAGCUUGCGCCUUAACGUUGCACGCAAUAAACGCUGUUGAUAAUGAUGAUAACGAUGAUGAAACUAUUAUUAUUAUUAUUAUUCGUUACCGACGAGUCGUUCGCGCGCGUACUUGUAAUAGAAUAACUUUUCAUGCCGUAAUAAUUUAUUCCUCUGCAAAAUAUUAUUUGUAACAUAAUUCGUAAUAAUUCUUGGGAUGCACUAACUGUUUAUUACGUAUCUCUGGAGAAAAAUGUAUGAAGAAAUAUACAAGGAUUUCACACGU